UGCCAUUCCACAUCUCUCCACACACGCACUGCACACACUAGCUACGUGUUUCAGGUUUCAGUCCCUUUCACAAUUAAAAUCAUCCUUCUUCAAUAAAUUGAUCGCCUAGUUAAAGAAAAUAAAGGUAAACAUAUAGCUUGAGAAAGAAAACUAAAACACCGCCAUGGCUGGUGAGCAGAGAGAUUGCCUUCUCUUUGUGGCGUUGUUUUGUUGUUUAGUACAUUUCUCGUAUUCUUACCAGUUCGUGGUCGGAGGUGGAGAUGGAUGGGUCGUCAAACCUUCCGAAGACUACAAUCAAUGGGCUUCGAGGAUGCGGUUUCAAGUCAAUGACACCCUUCUGUUCAAAUACAAGAGCGGAUCGGAUUCGGUGUUAGUGGUGGACAAAAACGACUACGACAGCUGCAGCGUCGCGAAUCCUUUGCUCAAACUCGACGACGGGAAUUCCAUCUUCAAGUUCAACCGCUCCGGCCCCUUCUACUUCAUCAGCGGCAACAAGGCUAACUGCGAUCAGGGCCAGAAGCUCAUCGUCGUCGUUUUAGCCAUCAGAACCCCACCGUCGCCGCAGGGAUCAUCGCCGCCAUCUCCGUCACCGGCAGGGAAAGGUGGAGCUCCUGGUCCUGGACCGGCUGGCUCGCCGUCCCAGCCUGGUGGAGCUCCCGCGCCGGCUAACUCGCCGUCAUCUCCGUCUCCGGCGUCAGGAGCGCCUGCGCCGGCGGGAUCUGGGUUGGGGCCGGCGCCGGCGGGAUCGGGGUUGGGGCCGGCUCCGGCGGAGUCGGGGUUGGGGCCGGCGCCGGCGGGAUCGGGGUUGGAGCCGGCUCCUUCGGGUGAUUUACCGGGAUCGCCGUCAUCGUCGACGACGACGCCGGGAUCGCCUGGGUCUUCGACGCCCGGGAGUGGGACGCCGGCGGAUGCUAAUUCACCGCCGGCGCCGGGGGGGUCAUUGGCGGCGCCGUCAUGCAGCACCUCUGUUUUCUUGAUGUCAGUGUUGACUGUGGGUUUGGGUGUAUUUGUCUUGUCACCUUAAAUAUUUAGGUUCAUGAUUUGAUUAAGUUUUGGUAGGAAUAUUUUGGCAAAAUUUUUAUUAUUAUUAUACUACUAUUUGUCUGUGAUUCAGUCGAUUUUAUUUAUGAGAGAGUAAGGUUUGUAUA